AGAUUUGUUAUCAUUAUUAUUGUUGCACUCGGAUUCAUAGACAAUGUAGACAUUAACAAUGAUUAAUAAUUGGUAAAUAUUCUCACUCUAUGGUCCAGGGUCUCGGAUUUUUGAUUUUGGACGUCUACGCCGCCAAAUCGACGCUCUCACCAGCGACCAGUCCUAGUUAAGAUGGGUAAGUCGUCCAAGGAUAAGCGUGACAUAUACUACCGGCUGGCCAAGGAACAGGGCUGGCGGGCUCGGAGUGCAUUCAAGCUGAUCCAAAUCAACAGUCAGUUCAAGGUACUGGAUGGGGUCAGGCGGGUGGUAGACCUGUGCGCAGCCCCGGGAAGCUGGAGCCAGGUACUGAGCAAGGCACUGUACUCGGAUAGUGAGGACAAGGAUGACGUGAAGAUCGUCGCGGUCGACUUGCAGUCGAUGGCUCCACUCCCCGGCGUCGUGCAGCUGAAGGGCGACAUCACCAAGGAGAGCACCGCCAACGAGAUACUUGCUCAGUUCGACGAUGGCCAGUUGGUGGACCUGGUCGUGUUCGACGGCGCGCCGGACGUCACCGGGCUGCACGAUCUGGACGAGUAUGUACAGGCGCAGCUGUUGUUGGCUGCCUUGAACAUCACCACUUACCUGCUCAAGCCUGGUGGCACGUUCAUCGGCAAGAUAUUCCGUGGCAAGGACUCGUCACUGCUCAUUUCCCAGCUUGAGAUUUUCUUCGGUGACUUAGUUGUCGCUAAGCCUUGCAGCUCGCGCAACUCUAGCAUCGAGUCAUUUGUUGUUUGCAGAGAUUUCCGACUGCCUAAUGGCUACACCCCUACCAUGGCCAACCCGUUGAUGACCAACGAUUCACUGUCCUGGGACGAGAUGGACGUGCAUAGGGUCAUCACACCAUUUGUGGCUUGUGGCAGUUUAAGCGGCUUUGACGCUGACAAGACCUAUCCUUUGGAAAUUGACGGCCUGCAAUACAUUCAGAGGAAUCCAGUACAAGGGCCGAUUGCACCACCAUACGAGAAAUCAAAGCCGUUGAUAACUACAAAGGGCAUGAGUGUUGUCCAGACACCUAUUGAUCAAGGUAUCACUUCUACUGAAGAACUACUGGACUGAUUUUUAUGUCACCAUAAAAUUAUAUUCUGUUAAUUAAUCAACAUUUUUGAUUUAUUAUGUAUCUAAUAAUACAUUUGUACCUAUGAUAUAAUUCUUUAUUUGUAUUUAUUUCUAUAACCUGUAGUAAAAACAUACAAGUAAAUUAUACCUACUGCAGGUUAAAAACAUUUUAAAAUUAAACAGGGUAACCCUGUAAUUGUGAUUUAUGAAAUAUCUAUGUAAAUAACUGUAUAACUUAUAUGUUGGAACCAUAUAACUUUUGUGACAUAGUAUUUAUUGAUUAAAAAUACAAUGUGGCAUACU